ACUCUCGAAGCAAGAGGCAGAGACCUGCGGAGAGCCCACUCCUCCCUUCCCCCCCCUCCUCCUCCUCCUCUAGCCCUAGUCAGCGUCGACAUUGUCCACGAGGAGGUCAAAAAGAAGACCAAGUCGCAAAGAAAGGGACUGAAGAAGGGUCGCAAAGAAGAUGACAUCGCCGUUGGCAACACCAUGGCUGCUGCAGGAGAUCGUUUCAACCCCGAGCCCCCGGCCAGCGUCUUGGCAGAAGUUCCUCCACCCGUACCCCCGCCCAGGAAAGGGGCCAAGAAGAAGGCGCUCGAGCGAAAGAGGAAACGCUCGCGAGAAGGAGAGUCUGAUGUGUCUGAGGAAGAGUCAUCGGCCCCUCAGCCUCACAAUAAGAGGAAGAGAGGUCCCCGGACCCCCCCGCCUUCAAUGAGGCCUGAUGUUCGUGCUGCUGCAGGAAACAAAGAGCCGUCUCCUCUGUCCAAAAUGGACAAUUUCAGUGAUUGGUCAGAUGAGGAGGUAACGGACCGAGGAGUCCCCAUGGAAACAAAAGCUCCACCGGCUCCUGUUGAGCCUCUCAAGAAAGCUGCAGGUCCCAGAGGGGUCAGGGAGCGGGGCAACCCUCCUCCCAUCGCUCCUCUAUUGCCCCAAGACCAGACUCCCACCCUGCUGCCGACUCCGCAGCCCCUCAUGUCCCAGACCCUGCUCCGCAAACUCCCCCCGGAGCAGACGCGCAGCAGCAGCAUGGGGAGCAACCAGAGCCGCACCUCGUCCAGACGCCUGAGAUCCCCCUCCAACGAGCCGGCCAAUCGAGAAGAUCCGCAAGGUCCAAGAGCUCGUCGGGGCCGGCUGCAGGGCGCCAACUCUCGGGACAGAGAGCGUGAAAGAGAGAGAGAGAGGCCGGUGGUGAACGAGCCCCCGGGGGUCGAGAGGAAGUCUCGUAUCGACCAGCUGAGGAGAGGAGAGCCCAGCCGCAGCACCUCCUCAGACCGGCAGGACUCCCACAGCCACAGCUCCAGACGCAGCUCUCCAGACUCCGAGCGGCCGGCCAGGUCCAGGUCCCGCGCCGGCUCCUACGACAGCCGGGAGCGCGAGAGGGAACGGGAGCCGUUUGAGCGAGACAGGAAGGAUCUGCGGCCUCAGCAGCAGCCGCUGCAGCAGCAGCAGCAGCAGCAGCAGCCCCUGCACCUCCUCCAGCAGCAGCAGCAGCCGCCGCUGCAGCAGCAGCAGCCCAGAGACUGGGAGCCCGAGCUGAGGGACUGGCCCGGCAGGGGACGGGAGCCCCUACUGAUGAGACCCGGCCGGGAACCCCUCCUGAGGGAGCGGGACAUCAGGGACCGGGAUCGCUUACUCCCUGAAGGACUCAUUCAGCAGCAUGAGCGAGAGAGGGAUCGGGACAGAGGAGAUCGAGAGAGGGAGAGGAUGAUGAUGGACCUGCCGCCGCAUGGGGACCCCCGGGCGCCGGGACGAGGGGAUCUCAGAGGAGAUCUUAGAGGAGAUCUCAGAGGAGAUCUCAGAGGAGAUCUCAGAGGAGAUAUGAGGGGGGACCUUCGGGGCGACAUGAUCAGACCGGAGAGGAGCGAGUAUGAGACUCUGCUGCCGAAAGAAGCCUUCAUCCCUCCAGAGACGGAGAAACCCAACAGCCACCAUCUGAUCGGAGAGCAGCGGGAGCCGGAGAAGACGGACAGCGUCGAUGAAGACGAUGAUGGGAAAGAAGACGAUGGCCAGUCAGUUGCAUCUGUGGGCGAGGAGUAUGAACCCAUCAGUGAUGAUGAGCUCGAUGAGAUCCUUGCUGACAGCCAGAAGAAAGAGGAUCAGCAGGACGAGGAGAAAGUUACAGGUCCUCUGGAUGUCAUUGAUGUGGACUGGUCCAGCCUGAUGCCCAAGCAGAAGGCAGAGCCCCGGGCAGCAGGGGCCGCGCUGCUCCGGUUCACCCCAGGGGCCGUGCUCCUUCGGGCGGGCAUCUCGAAGAGACUUGCGGGGCCUGAGCUCCUGGAGCAGGUCAGGGAGGUGUGCAGAUCUGAGCUGGACGACCCUAAAGAUGCCGACAAGCUGUUUGAGCAUGACCUGGGGGCCUUAAACAUGGCGGCCCUGAACAGGCGGGUGGAGAGGGCCGGAUUACUGAGGAACCUCGGGCCCUGCUGCAAGGCCCUGUGCGCCCGCAGAGACUUCGCCAUCCGCCGCCAGCUGUUAAAAAAUGACAAGGGUCUUACGAAGCAGUACCCCACAACACCAGUGGUAGACACCGAGCUGCUGCAGAUGAGCAUGCGUCUCUUCAGAAGGACCAUGGCGGGCGUGGCCCCUGAGAAGCCUGACGGGGGGUCGGCCCCUGCAGCCGAGGGCCCUCCAGCUGAGGGUGGUAAGCUCAUCACACCGAAGACUGAGGUGUGUGUGUCCUGAGAGGGAAUGUUUUUAAUUAGUCAACACACAUUGAAACCUUCCUUGAACUCUAUCCCUUUUUAUUUCAUACAUAGUCAUGAGAGGAAUUAAAGGAAAACUGCAAAAUUAUGAAUCUUACUCAGUUUUUACAUGUUUUGGAUGUUCAGCAAGUGCUUUGCCAUAGACCACUGGACAUUAUAGCCUAUGGAAGUGUGUAAUGAAGAAGCAUGACACACACCUGAGUUGACUUCAUGUUUUUUUGUGCAUUCCAGUAUUAGAGCAGCUUUUUAAUCGUCGGUGUCGCCUGCCUAACAAAGUUCAAUUGAUUUGUUUUCGUAUAUUGUGCAUUAGUUUCAACGACUGUGCAUUAAAAUGGUUAGAUGUUGAUUUUUGUUACGGGUCUUUUGCUUUGUAUGAAAUGACUGCCUUCAAAUAAUGUGACACAUAAUGUUCUUACUAUUUUUGUUUACAUUAUAUUACAAAAUCUAAAGAGUUUGCUGCAGAAGGAUUACUCACCAACAACACUGAAACAUCCUGCAGGGACUUGAAUGAACAUUCCCACAAAUAAGCACUGACAAACUAUUCCUUCACUGAAUGUCAUUUUUUACAACUGUCUUCGAAAACAUUAUUCAUGUAUUUGCUUUGAAUGGUUUGGCAAUGUCUACCUGAACUGAACUGAAGCGAGAGUACGUGCCCUCCAACACUGCCAUGUGGAAAUCACCA